AAGCCAACUUGCGUGUCGUCACAGUCAACGUUUGCAGUGUUCGUGGGCGCCGCAAGUACGUAAAGCUGGCGAUUAAUGAAACUCCGGCUGAGCUUCAGCUAGAUACGGGUUCCGAUAUUUCGAUUAUCAACCGGCAAUUGUGGCAGCGUAUCGGAAAACCAGCAUUGACACAACCUGCAGUUCAAGCUAAAACCGCUACAGGAGCAGGAUUGCAGAUAUGUGGUGAGUUUCAGGCCAAUAUCAAGAUCGGAAGCAUUACGAAGACGGCUACAAUCCGAGUAGUGACGGUAGACAUAUCGCUACUGGGAGCAGAUCUGAUCGAGCUUUUUAAUCUUGGUUCAAUCCCAAUGGACAGUUUUUGUAACAAGAUCUGUAAUGUAGCAGCUAUACCCAGUAGCAUACAACAGCAGUUUCCAGCAGUUUUUAGUGGAACGGGGCUAUGCACUAAGGCUCAAGUGCAGCUUCAUUUAAAGCACGACUGUCGACCAGUUUUCAGCCCAAAAAGACCAGUAGCAUACGCGAUGCAAGAAACAGUGGACCAGGAGCUAGAUCGGUUAGAAAAAGCAGGUAUUAUCACACCUACCGACUAUUCAGAAUGGGCAGCUCCAAUAGUGGUAGUUUGCAAAGCAAAUGGCACCAUUCGUAUCUGUGGCGACUAUUCCACUGGACUAAAUUCGGCUCUAAAAUCACACGAACAUCCACUACCAGUACCGGAAGACAUAUUCGCAAAAUUAGCCCAUUGCGAAUAUUUCAGCAAAAUCGAUCUUUCGGACGCUUUUCUGCAAGUAGAAAUCGAGGAACAGUAUCGGCCACUACUAACCAUCAACACUCAUCCAUAG